UCCCUGGAAAUGUGUGAGCACAAUAUCCUUAACUCUGGCUAUGUCGGUUCUCUUUUGAAUUUUCCCUCACCGGACUCGUUUUACUUCUCCAACAUACGAAGCAAUGGAGGCCAGGUCGCGGGGCUUCCCCCGAUUUCGUACAGCAGAAGAGACGUAUGCUCGUUCCCGUGGACUUCAUCAAGUUCGUGCACAUCUCCACCGCAGAGCCGAGCCUUCAGCGGUUACUCUCAGCCGUUCAUUACGAAUUCAACGCAUCAGUGUACAAGCCCAAACAAUCACAAGGGCCAACGGGAAGAUUCUAGUAAAUACUAUUUUCAGGAUACAAACCUCAAGCCCGAGGAGUCUGAAAUGCAAACAUCCUCUUUUGCAGGUGAUUGUGGAAUAACAUAUUCUGUUGCUUCCCUCAAACAUGGAAUUUCAAACUUGGAGAGACUUUCGCAAAACGCUGGCCACGCUGAACUCAAUUCCAGCACUCAGGCAAUAACCGAAGGCAUCAAACAGUCGGUCAACUCCAAUGUUACAGUGGCAUCUUCAAGUGUACACUGGGGCCCGUUACAAGUGAGAUCCAGAAAGAAACGUAAACCGUAUACGAAGCCACAGCUCUCUGAGCUAGAGAACGAAUUUCUGAUGAAUGAAUUCAUAAACAGACAGAAACGAAAGGAGCUCUCUGACAGACUGAACCUCAGCGAUCAGCAAGUAAAAAUCUGGUUUCAGAAUCGAAGGAUGAAAAAGAAAAGACUGAUGAUGCGCGAACGCGCAUUUUCAAUGUAUUGAGAAGUCCCAGCGACAAUGACCUGCGCACGAGCCUAGGCGAGUUUCCUUUCCGGAUGAAGGGGACCUUUUCGGAAGUCAGCCAGAUGAAGUCCACCGUCGAGCUAUCGGCUCAAGAUAGCUAUGAACUCUCACUAAGAAGUGUUCAAAUGUGUCUAUUUCUGAAUUAAUAUGAAAGCAUACGUCCCAGAGGUUCUGCUUUGCAGCUGCAUAGUAAAUUGAUUGGAAUGUUUGAGUAUAUGAACGCAUAUAUCUUCUAUUAAAUCGUUAGAAUUUAGAGGAAAUGUGGAAAAACGUUUUAGCCUUACUCAAGUAAUGGAAGCAAGUGAUGAAUAACGCGUAUUGUGUCGAGCAUGCAAUUAGAAUAUGAAUACAGUGUUUAAAAUGUCUUUAUCUCCCCUUAUGAAAUUCUGUCAUUUACUGUAGACGACAAAUUAUAUUUUAAAUUUGACAAUUUGGCAUGUUACAAAGUAUUUCCAGAGGAUCUGUUUGCGCCUGUUUUAGUGUCGCAUGAUCAAUAUGUCGUCCAUGAUUAUUUGUGUGAUAUAGAAAUGCAGUAACUUAAAAUCCAAGAAGACCACCUCGAAUAAUGUCCAAAUGAUUGCAGGAAAAAAUGAUGCACAAUACCGCUGUCCCAUGUAUGGGUGUAUGUAUGUGUGUAUGUGUGUAUGGAUGUAUGUAUGUAUGUAUAUAUUUGUUUUAAUG